AAUUUUUAGAUACAAAAAAUAUUACAUAACCUCUAAGUUAUAAAUUGAAUAAAUAUAUUUCUCUGUUAUCAAAUCAACAUCAAAAUUAUAUAAAUAUGAUCACUUAUGAAUUAUGUCUUUUAUAUCGAAUAAUGCCAAAGACUGAAUUAGUAACAUCUUUGAAAAGAACUGCACAUGCUAUUUAUGACAAAGGUGGUAUUUUGAGAAAAUUGGAAAACCUUGGUACUAGUGAUACUCCUUAUAAGAUGAGUGUACAUGACAUGGUUCAUCGAAAAGCUAGCUACUUUGUUUACGAGUUCAAUAUUCCUCCUAAUAAACUAGAAGACCUUAAUGAAGAAUUGGGACGUGACGUAGAUGUUAUCAAGAGAAAUAUAUAUAAGAAAAAUUCGUUUAAUGAAAUACAUGAGUGUACUUUACAUGAAGAAAUGCUACCUGUACCUUAUCGAAAAGAUGUUCAAGAGCUGGUGAAAGAAGCAAGAAAAUUAGAUAAGCCUAAAUUUAAAUAUGGAAAUAACCUUACUUAUUAUCCAUUCCAAAAAUAAUUGAAACAUAAUUCUUUUGAUCAGAUGUUACAGUAGAUAUAAAUUUAUUAUCAACUUUGUAAUGAAAUAUUGUGUUGAAUGUUUUAUUACUGCCAAUAUUGUCUAGUACUUGGAGACCAUAAAAAUACAAUGAAGAACUAGCAAAUAUUUUUUAUUAGAACUUGAAAAUAUAUUGUCAUAAGGAAUUCUCAUUUUCACAUAGCCAACUUAUAUAAAAAUUACUAUUUGAAUAUAUAUCAUAGCUCCUUAA